AACCCACCCACCACUACAAAGAAAAAGAUCCCACCUUUCUUUUCCCCUCUCUCUACAAAAAGAUUUGAACUUUAUUCAAGAACUUUGGUCACAUAAUCAAGAACCCAUCUUUUGAGUUGAUUCAUAUCUUUUUUACUUCAAUCAAGCAUGGCUAGCAUUGAAAAUGGUGUGAAAGAAGAUGAUGAUAACAAGUGGCCACCAUGGCUUAAACCACUUUUGGAAACAAGGUUUUUUGGUCAAUGCAAGAAUCACCCAAGUGCUCACAAGAGUGAAUGUAAUAUGUUUUGCUUGGAUUGCUUUGAUGGAGCUCUUUGUGCUCUUUGUCUUGCUUCUCACCAAGAUCAUAGAGCCAUUCAGAUAAGGAGAUCAUCAUACCAUGAUGUGAUAAGGGUUUCUGAGAUUCAGAAAUACAUGGAGAUUACGGAGAUUCAGACUUAUGUGAUCAAUAGUGCUAAAAUCGUGUUCUUGAAUGAGAGACCUCAGCCAAGGCCAGGUAAAGGUGUCACCAAUACUUGUGUUGUUUGUGAUCGCAGCCUUCUGGAUUCGUUCUCUUACUGCUCUAUCGGCUGCAAGAUUGUUGGAGCAUCCAAGAAUUUCCGAAAGAAAAAAACAAGAUUGACAGAGACAUGUGGAUCAGACUACUUUGAAGAAGAAUCGAUGGCUGAUAUUGGAUAUGGAGGUGUCAGGAACGUAUUCCGGGGAUUCACACCAUCGACACCGCCUCAAACUACCGGAAUCUACAGAAGUGCCAAGAGACGGAAGGGAAUUCCACAUCGAUCUCCAAUGGGGGGAAGCCUUAUCUUGGAAUAUUGUUGAUGACAAAAAAAAUGGUUAGUGGGAGUUGGAAUGGAAUGGAAUGUCAGAAAUCAAUGAAUGGAAUCAAUCCACCUCAAAUCCACCAAGAUUUACUAUAGUGUUCAAAGGUGUGAUAGUAUAAUACACACACACAAUAUACAAGUACCCUUUACUUUAUAGUUUGUUAUAGCAAAGAAAGAAAGUAACUUUCUUUAUGAAGCAACACACUGAGCUUUUGUGUAGGAGGCCGGUGUUGAAAUUGCUAGUCAAGUUUGUUUAUACAAAUCAAGAAGUUACAAUAGUUAUGAAUGUGGUAUGCUUAUGAAAAACAAUAAUGUUACUCCAUUCAAAUGUUUUGGAGUGAUUGUAAAACGCAUUGAUAUCAAGUGUUUGAGUGUGUAGGAUUUG